AUGUGUCCAGGAUGUGCCAAUGCUCUAGGAAUGGAGGGCGGAGCGAUAGCUGAUGCCCAGAUUACAUCCUCUUCCUUGUACCAUGGUUUCCUUGGCCUGCAGCGAUGGGGGCCUAACCUUGCUCGUCUGAACAAUAAAGGCUUGGUUAAUGCAUGGACUGCAAAUAGUUAUGACAAGCACCCCUGGAUUCAGGUGAAUCUGUUAAGGCAGCUGCGAGUAUCUGGAAUCAUCACCCAGGGAGCCAGCCGGAUGGGAAAGGCAGAGUACCUGAAAGAAUUUAAAGUGGCCUACAGUGCUGAUGGACAGGAGUUCACCUUCUACAAGAGUGAGGGUCGGGAUAUAGACCAGAUAUUCCAUGGAAAUAGAGACAAUGAAGGUCGAAAGGCCAAUAUCUUCAGUCCUCCAAUCACUGCCCAGUAUAUUCGUGUGUACCCCGUGACUUGUCAAAGAGCCUGCACUCUGCGUUUUGAGCUCUUUGGCUGUGAAAUGAGUGGUUGCUCCGAGCCACUUGGAAUGAAAUCCUUCCUGAUCCCCGAUAAGCAAAUAACCGCAUCCAGCGUGUACAAGACCUGGGGCAUCGAUGCGUUUACCUGGCACCCACACUACGCCCGCCUGGAUAAGAUAGGGAAGAGCAAUGCCUGGACUGCCAUGGAGAAUAGCCAGUCACAAUGGUUACAGGUUGACCUAGGAUUUCCUAAGAAGAUCACAGGAAUUGUAACUCAGGGUGCAAAAGACUUCGGAAAUAUUCAGUAUGUUGAAUCGUUUAAAGUGGCAUACAGUGACAAUGGCUCCACCUGGACGAUAUAUCAAGACAGCAGGACAAAGCAACUAUUUCUUGGAAACCGUGACAACUACUCCCACAAGAGGAAUCUCUUCAGUCCUCCAUUUUCAGCCCGUUAUGUGCGCGUUCUUCCUCAGUCAUGGCAUGAACGGAUCACCCUGCGUAUGGAGCUUCUGGGGUGCAACAUUUAG